UGCAAGUUUAGUCAGAUUAUAACUGUUUAGGAUAUAUUUAUUUACUGUACUAUUUAAUAAACAAAAAAUCAAUGGCAUUAAAAUCAUUGCAACGCGAAUACACUGAUCUAAUGGCACAUCCCGUGCCUUUCGGCACCGUUGCCCCGACCAAUGACCCGCUUGUAUGGAAAGCCUAUCUGGUCGGUCCCGAGGACAGUCCAUACGAAGGCGGCCAGUUUGAGCUAGAAAUGCAAUUCACUGGCGACUAUCCGGCCCGCGGCCCGAAAUUAAAGUUCAUAACAUCUAUAUUUCACGCCAAUAUAGCCCGCAAUGGCUUUAUUUGUAUAUCAUUGGUGUCCGAUUGGCGGCCAACCGAUAACAUGUUGACCGUUAUGAAGGCAGUCAGCAAUCUGUUGGCUCAGCCCGACCGCAAUAACGCCUACUACGGCGGCAAUCUUACUGACCAACAGUAUCGCGACGAAGCCGUCCGAUGGACACAAACUUAUGCCCAAAAAAAAUGUUUUAACUAA